GUCCUAUAUAUAGGCGGCAAGCGAGUUGAGGCUCAAAGUGUGCAUUGCGAUCCGAAGAGAAACAAAGCAGCGGGAAUUAAAGAUGAGCCACCAACGACAUCAACAGACCGGCCCUCACUGGAGGGGUGAUCAUCAGGUUGUAAUUCAUGAAGAAAGGCAUUCUAAACUUGUUCAUUUCCCUGCAAGAGCUUUGGACAUAACGUGGGGCAAUGACACAAGGUUCUGGCAGUGGGUGGACCUAAAAGAAGAUAAACCAAGUACAAAGUUUCCGGAGGGUGCAGAGCUCAUUCAGGUGAACUGGGUUGAAGUCAAGGGGACCUUAGCCGCAGAUAAACUCUCUCGUUCAACAACAUAUGAAGUCCUUUACAUAAUCAAGUUUAAGGAUGAUGCGUUUGGGUGGCACUCAUCCCACAUCACCUUUCAAGUGACCUCCCCACACGGGCAAAAGAGCAAGAGAACUGUAGUCCUGGAGCCUUAUAGGAAAGACAGCAACAAAUGGCAUGAGAUCCAUGGUGGGGAGUUCAGCUUGACCUCUCACACCGGGGAAGUGGCGUUCAGCAUGUAUGGGGAUGAUAGUGAGUGGUGGAAGAGAGGGAUGAUUCUCGGAGGUGUUAUAAUCAAGCCUAAAUCGGCUUAAGAGCUUUCAUUCGAUAAAAGUUUAUAAGUUCGGAUCCUCUGCAAUGCAUGAUUUGCACUACAUAGAGCGAUGCAGUUCUGUAUGGAUGCCACAUCAUUCCAUCAUUGAGAUGGACACCUAUCAGAUAUGGUGGAUGCCACAUGCCAUAUAUAAUGCAUGUUAUAUGCCGUACAUUACGUCCUAUUUGAUAGUCAUUGUCCAUCUCCAUGAUCGGAUGAUGUGGCAGCCAUCCAGGACUAUAUGACUCUCCAUGGUGGAAGACGGACAUCGUAGGGUAUCUUAGGUAAAAGUUGUUGGAAAAUCAUGUAAGAAAUACUUGGCCUCAGCUCCUUGAUUGCGUUGAGCAAAAUAUUGCUGUUAAAGUCCUAUUUGGUUAUUUUUAUAUGUAAUAUUGUCGCCACCCAGCGAUUAUUAUCAUAUAUGGUUACUUUUGUGUGCAUUGGAUU